GCCAUGGAGCCGGGCACCAUCGACAACCUGUGUAUCCUGUACCAGAGCUCAGACUUCAUCGUGGUCAACAAGCACUGGGACCUGCGCAUCGACAGCAAGCUGUGGUACGAGACCCUGACCCUGCAGAGCCAGCUCAAGCACCGCUUCCCCGAGCUGGCCGAUCCCCACACCUACUACGGCUUCAGGUUCUGCCACCAGCUUGACUUCUCCACCAGUGGGGCCCUGUGUGUGGCACUCAACAAAGCGGCGGCGGGCAGUGCCUACAAGUGCUUUAGGGACAGGCUGGUGACCAAAGCCUACCUUGCCCUGGUCAGGGGCCACGUCAGCCAGCGGCGGAUGACCAUCAGCUAUGCCAUCGGGAAGAACACCAGGGAGGGCAUGACCCACAUGAUGUGCAUCGAUGGGACAGAGGGCUGUGACAACCCCAAGCCUUGCCAGUCGGAGCUGAUCGUGCUUGAGCAUGGGUCCUACAGCGGAGAUCCUGUAACCAAAGUGCUGCUGCAGCCACUGACAGGUCGGACUCAUCAGCUGCGGGUUCACUGCAGUGCCAUUGGCCACCCCAUCGUUGGGGACUUCACCUACAGCCACCGGAAGGACAGCAGACCCUACAGGAUGAUGCUCCAUGCCUACUACCUGCGCAUCCCCACCAGCAAGGAGCUCAUCGAGGUCUGCGCCCCCGACCCCUUCCUCACCACCAUGGACAGCAACUGGGUGCCCCAGCAGGUCCUUCACCAGCUGGAUGAGACCAUUCAGGAGCUGAAGGACAAGAUGAUGCAGAAGCAGGAAGAGGAGAACCAGGAAGCUGUGCUUGGUGGGGGGGAAGAGGAGGCAGAGAAGGAAGCCAGGAGCCCGGAGACAGAGGAGCAGCGAGUGCGCUGCCAGCAGUGGUUGGCAGAGUGGGCUCUGCAGUGA